GAUCCUGUGUUAUUUUUUGUAAUACUAAAAAUGAUGCAAAUGCUUGCACUUAAUGAUAAGUUGAAGCAAGAUGCACAAGUAUUACACGGAGAUAUUGCCCAAGCGCAAAGAGAAAUUACCAUGAAACGUUUCAGAGAGGGAAAAUUUAAAUGCAUUAUAUGUACGGACGUCUUAGCAAGAGGGAUUGAUAUUCCACAAGUUGAUUUAGUGAUCAAUUGUGAACCGCCAAAAGAUAUAGAAACUUACGUUCAUCGGGCUGGGAGGACCGCGCGAGCGGGACGGCUGGGCACAGCCGUAACGUUUUUCAAACCACAAGAAGAAUAUCUUCUGUUAAACAUUCAACGACGUACCGGAAUCGUGUUUCAAAUGGUUGGCCCACCACAACCGCAAGAAAUCAUCGCUGCCACUGCAAAUGAUGUCAUCAAAAACAUAGAAUCUGUUGAAAGUACAGUGGUAUCUUAUUUUCAUGAAACAGCUAAAGAAUUAAUAGCUUCCCAAGGAGCAGUCGAGGCGUUAAGUGCAGCUUUAGCGUAUAUGAGUGGCUACGCUGGAGGAAUAAAGAAACGUUCAUUGAUGUCAGCUGUAGAAGGGUACACUACGUUGCUAUUCAGAUUUACAUAUCCGAUUAGGCACAGUAGUUAUGUAAGAAAUAUUUUCAGAAAUCAUUAUCCACAAUUAUCAGAGGACAGUAUCAAAGCAUUUAAAUUAACCAAAGAUAUGCAAGGAGUGGUAUUUGAUAUUUCUAGCGACAAGUUAGAAAUUGGAAAGGAUGGAGAGAUCGUUCUGGCCGGGAAACCUUGGGCGAAUUCUAAAACCACAACAUUGGAGAUUGCGAAAGAGUUACCGGAAUUACAGGAGUAG